AGUCCUCGAUCUGGUAAAAGAAGAAGGCGGCAACUCCCAAGCUUUGAAUUAGUUCUUAGGAGGAAAAGGAAGAGGCGAUCCAGAAUAUAACGUGAGUAUUGAACACUUGAGUAAUGGCUAUGCAAAUGCAGCUUGAAGCAAAUGCAGAUACUUCAGUGGAAGAAGAGAGCCUUGGCCCUCAACCUAUUUCACGAUUAGAGCAAUGUGGUAUAAAUGCCAAUGAUGUGAAGAAAUUAGAAGAAGCUGGAUUCCAUACUGUGGAGGCUGUUGCCUAUGCACCAAAGAAGGAGCUAAUAAAUAUUAAGGGGAUUAGUGAAGCCAAAGCUGAUAAAAUUCUGACUGAGGCAGCUAAAUUAGUUCCGAUGGGAUUCACCACUGCAACUGAGUUCCACCAAAGGCGAUCAGAGAUCAUACAGAUUACUACUGGCUCCAAAGAGCUUGACAAACUACUUCAAGGAGGAAUUGAGACUGGAUCCAUCACAGAGAUGUUUGGAGAAUUCCGAACUGGGAAGACCCAGAUCUGUCAUACAUUGGCUGUAACAUGCCAGCUUCCCAUUGACCGAGGUGGAGGCGAAGGAAAGGCCAUGUACAUUGACACUGAGGGUACCUUUAGGCCAGAACGACUACUAGCAGUGGCUGAGAGAUAUGGCCUCUCUGGCAGUGAUGUCCUGGAUAAUGUAGCAUAUGCUCGAGGAUUCAACACAGAUCACCAGACCCAGCUCCUUUACCAAGCAUCAGCCAUGAUGGUGGAAUCUAGGUAUGCUCUGCUAAUUGUAGACAGUGCCACUGCCCUCUACAGAACGGACUAUUCAGGUCGAGGUGAGCUUUCAGCCAGGCAGAUGCAUUUGGCCAGGUUUCUGCGGAUGCUUCUGCGACUUGCUGAUGAGUUUGGUGUAGCAGUGGUAAUCACCAACCAGGUGGUAGCCCAAGUGGAUGGAGCAGCCAUGUUUGCUGCAGAUCCUAAAAAACCUAUUGGAGGAAAUAUUAUUGCUCAUGCCUCAACAACCAGACUCUACCUUAGGAAAGGAAGAGGAGAAACUAGAAUCUGCAAAAUCUACGACUCUCCCUGUCUUCCUGAAGCUGAAGCUAUGUUUGCCAUCAAUGCAGAUGGAGUAGGAGAUGCCAAAGACUGAAUCAUUGGUUUUUUCCUGUGAUAAACCUACGUGCUGCACCUAAUGGAGAGGACAGCUCACUGGGGUUCUUCACAGGUCGCUUCCUUUGUGACUGCCAGAAACAGGCUUCUGGAAAAACAGCUGUUGUAUCAGCUUUUCUGAUGGUGUAAACAGGAGAUAGGUUAGUAGUUACAAACUGACCUGAAAUGUUUGUUCCUUCUAAAGUGGAUUAAUCUCUGAA